GAUGCGCUUUUUCACCAAAAAGACCAUCGACUAAAAUGGAGGAAUAAAAUGACAAGCGUUAAAAACAACCGCGGACACGGAGACCGUCGCCUUAAUCCGGACAUUAAGACCCAAAUCGCAGCGUAAUUAGCUGGGGUGAAGAGAAGGGGCUCGAUCAUGGGGAAUGAAGGGAGCGCGGAAGGUGGCGACGGCGCGCUUGCUGGAUUACCCGCGGGACUCGCACCCGAUGGGAAGGGUGGCUUCAUCCAGAUGCCCUCAGGGGUGGAGGCAGACCUAAGCAGUCUGUCCGAGGAGGAGAGGAAGCAGCUCGUGGCCGCAAUGGCCAAAGCGCAGUCCAGACCACCAGAGACUCAAGCUAGUGGAACCCGAGGCCCAUCGGGUCUCAGUAAGAGUCGGACUGUAGAUGCAUUUGGAGAGGGCCCGCCUCCAAAGCCAAAGCCUGGACGGAGCCCCUCCUCUCUCAGUCUCCUUGAAUCACGUUUUCGCCAGGAGCCCAAAGACCCAGAACACCCACGAACCGGCAUGUUUUCAUCUGGCUUCCUGAGUGGGGCCAAUCCCCUAAGUGCUGUCUCUUCUGCGGUCUCCUCUGCCACCAUCCCAAAAUUUAGCCUCUUUGGGGAUGAUGAGGAGAAUGGGGCAUCCAAGAAGGAUGGAAAGCCUCCUGGUCCACAGGUUGGGGCCGGGAAGGGUCCUCCACAGCAAGGGGGUAAGCCACUUCAGCAAGGCAAGCCUGGUGGUCCUGGUCCCGAACAGCAAGAGCAUAAACCAGGUGGACAGGGACCUCAACACCAAGGGCAUAAACCUGGUGCACAGGGACCUCAACAGCAAGGGCCUAAACCUGGUGGACAGGGACCUCAACAGCAAGGGCCUAAACCUGGUGGGCCGGGACCUCAACAGCAAGGGCCUAAACCUGGUGGGCCGGGACUUCAACAGCAAGGGCCUAAACCUGGUGGGCCGGGACCUCAACAGCAAGGGCCUAAACCUGGAGGGCCUGGACAUCAGCAACAAGGGCCGGGUAAACCUGGUACAGUGGGGCCAGGAAAACCCAGUGGACUUGGAUCUCAGCAGCAGGUUAAACCUGGUCCAGGGACUCAAACACAAGGACCUGGUAAAACUGGGCCUGUCCAGGGGAAAGUUGGCGGGACAAUGUGUCCUCUUUGUAAGUCUACACAACUGAAUGUGCAGGCCAAGGACCAGCCACCCAACUACAACACCUGCACUCAAUGCAAACAGCAGGUGUGCAGCCUGUGCGGAUUCAGUCCCCCAGACUCUGAGGGUAAGGAAUGGUUGUGUCUAAACUGUCAGAUGCAGCGGGCAGUGGGUGGCAUGGAGCCCCCUGGACCUCCCACGAUGAAACAGCCCCCCAAGCCGGGCUCAGCUCCUCCCUCCCCUCAAAGGAAAGAGUCACUGUCUGAAUCACCUUCCAAGGGUGAGCCAGGGAAGAAGCCCCCAAUGCUAACCAAACAACAGAGUAUUGCUGACACAGGGAAAGGAUCUACACCUCCAGCAACCCCAAAAUCUGGACCAGCGGUUCAACAGGCAUCACCGGGACCCCAGCCUGGCCCACACGGGGCCAAGCGUGGACAGCCACCUCCGCUUCAAAAACCUGUACAAAGCACAAAGGGUAGUCCGCAGCCUUCUCCUGCAAAAACGACCCCAAAACAAGACGGAGGGGGCUUUUUUGGUGGGUUUGGUCUUGGGAGUUUGACAGAGGUAACAAAACCUUCCGCAGGUAAUCAGGCCACAGAAUCAGUCACAGGUAAACUCUUUGGGGGUUUCGGUGGAGCAUCCAAACCUCAGGGUGCCUCCACAGCUCAGGCCAGUGAGUCGGUCACUGGGAAACUUUUUAGUGGGUUUACCGGGCUCACAGAGACGGCAAAGCCUCCACCAUCAUCUCAGUCAUCUGAAAGUGUGUCUGGAAAAAUGUUUGGUUUUGGCUCGUCCAUCCUGAGCUCUGCCACCAAUCUCAUCACUGGGGAGGAACCAAAGUCUCCUCCUGUAUCUCCUCCAGGAUCGCCCCCUGAUUCCCCCGUUGGGUCCGGUGCAGAAUCCCCACCUGGAUCUCCCCCCGACUCAGGCUCAGACUCACCACCCGAAACUCCACCCGCUUAUUCCAAAGACCCAGCAUCUCCAAAACCUGCAGCUGCUGAGGGAAAAGAAUCGCCAGACACAUCUUCAAAAUCAACGAAAGCAGAGGAGCCUUUGACUCAAGUCUCAGGCUCUGAUGCCCAGUUCUGCUGUCCGCUCUGUAAAGCACAGCUGAAUGUGGAAUCAGUAGAGUCGCCCAACUACAGCACCUGUACAGCGUGCCAGAAGAUUGUGUGCAACCUGUGUGGAUUUAACCCCACUCCACAUCUGUCAGAGAAAGAAUGGCUCUGCUUAAACUGCCAGACUCAAAGGGCUCUUUCUGGGCAACUUGGGGAUAUGCAACCUCCACCCUCUCCAACCAAGCUGCCAGCCAAACACGAACCCACCCCUCCCUCCUCCCCAGCCCACGCUGCAUCCUCCACCCCAUCCUCUUCUUCACCCACUGCCACCCCUGCCAAAGGGCUAAUGCGGAUGGCCAGUAUAACUCGGGCUUCAGCUGACAAGGCUGAACCCGUCUCAGCCAAAGUUGAUGCUAAAGAUGUCAAAAUUACAGACGCAGUUAAGGAGGUCACAGCAGACAGCAUGCAGAAAAUGGAUGAGCCUUCUUUUCCAUUAAAAGACAAUCUGCUAUUGAGAGAACCUAGUGAGAAAGAGAGCAGCCCCUCAAGUCCCACAGCCCUUGCCAAGUUGGAAAGAACCGUCCUUCCGAUACUAGAAGCUCAAGCAACGACCGAAGAGAAACCAACACCUGAAACUUUCAAGGUCAAGCGCCGACUGGAGGUCCUCCCAACGUCUCCAGAACCCAGUUCAGAGGAAGACCAACAUGAAACUAAUGAUCAAAAUAAUGAUGCUACAAAAAAAGAGAGGAAAAAACUUCUUGUUCCUACAGAUAUCCAAGGAGAUUUUUUUGAAGACAGUAGUGAUGGAGCACCUUCACCUGAACUUCAGGGGAACAAGACUGUUGGAGAAAAAGAAGUAGAAAUAGAGAGUCCAUCCUCUUUGGAUGAAGAGUUCAUUCGAAAGCAGAUCAUCGAUAUGAGUGCAGAUGAGGAUGCAUCACUGUCUGAUGAAGAAAACCUAGUCAGACAGAAAAUCAAAGAUCAUGAGAAGAAGAGAGAUGGUAAGGACAACAGUGAGUCAGUCAAGUCAAGACGGCUUCUCAAAAAGAGCAGCAUCAGUCCAGAAGAUGAACCAGAGCGAAAGAGCAUUAUUUCUGUCACAAAAAUUGAGGAACUGGCUAAAGGUGAACAACCUUCAUUAGACAGUGGAACCGGCAUUCGCCAUUUUAAGACAAUUGAAUUUAACAGUUCAGCGACUGUACGCCAGACAUCUGAUGAUUGUGAACUGGAGAGUCUUACAGACUCUCCUGAUGAUAGGUCUAGGGGUGAAGGUUCUUCUAGCUUGCAUGCAUCCAGUUUUACACCAGGAACAUCUCCAACAUCUUUGUCUUCUCUUGAUGAAGACAGUGACAGCAGCAGCCCCAGUAAUGUUCGAUCUAGUGGUGAGGGCAAGCAGCACAGGAAAGCAAAGCACCGGCAACAAGGCCAGAUGCUUCCCACUAUUGAGGAUUCGUCUGAGGAAGACGAGCUGCGAGAGGAAGAGGAGCUACUGAGAGAACAGGAGAAACAGAAGGGCUCAGGGAAAAAGUCAAAGAAGGACAAAGAGGAGAUACGGGCACAGAGAAGGAGAGAAAGGCCCAAAACUCCACCAAGCAACCUCUCACCAAUCGAGGAUGCAUCUCCCACAGAAGAGCUUAGGCAGGAAGCAGAGAUGGAAGAAUUCCGCAGGUCUUCAUGCUCCGAUCUCUCCCCAAGCAUGGAUUCGGAAACAGAGAGCUUUGAAAUACUUCCAGAGAAAAUUGUUGCUGUCCAAAAAGUCUAUCAGUUACCAACAUCAGUGUCCCUUUAUUCUCCAACAGAUGAGCAGCAUAAUGAAGUUCAUCCCAAAGAAAAGGGAAAGCGUUCAUUGAAAAGUGCAGAUGAGGCAUAUGAAGAAAUCAUGCUUAAGGCCAAAUCUCCAACUAGUGACGUAAAGGAAACUCCACCUGGGAAAGAAUCUCUUUACGGUGGCAUGCUAAUAGAAGAUUAUGCAUAUGAAUCUCUUGUUGAUGAUGGAUCCUAUGAGAAGGUACCAGAAAAUCUGCUUGUAUCCGAGAAGCCUAAAAAGCCUUUGCGAUCUCCAGAUGAAGUUUAUGAAGACAUGAUGCAAAAGAAAAAAGAGAUAAUGCUUAAAGAACAAGAACGAACACAUGACAAGCCAAAAGAGGAUAUUCCUAAACCAGAAAUCUUGUUCCCUUCUACUGACUCAAGUAAGGACAUCUCAUUAGUUGUCACCGGACGGUCUGGUAAGGAUGGAAGACCGCUAUUAGAUGCAGAGGCAGCUUAUGAAGAUCUUAUGAAAAAACAAAGAGCAGUGCUAACUCCAGGAACCAGUCCAACUCAAGCAGGCCCUGAUCUAAGUGGCGUAACACAAGAAACAAAAGAUGCCCAAGUUGAGAGAACAGAGACAGCACCUCCACGAAGAAUACUUUCUAUACCUGAUCUGAGAGUGACACAGUGCUCUUCAGGUGAAGAGGAGUCUGGUGAAGAGAGCAUUACUGACCAGGCACAGGAAUACGAGACUACUACAUCUUCAGCUACAAAGCAACUUGUUGAUGAAGACUUCCAGCAAACAUUACCCCCAGGUUUAACCUCUGAGUCAGGUCUAGAAGAUGUGUCACUGCAAAAAGACACAGCUUCACCUGCAGUAUCAUCUAACUUGCAAAAUGCCACAGAGACAAAUCAAGAUGUUGACAAAGCUGGUAUUGUUGACUUGUCCAAAUCAUCAGCCUCAAGUCAAAUUGACUCUUUUUCCACACCAGUUCCUAGUGUAAUUUCAAGACCAUCACCAACAGUAGUUGUAAGUGUAUCUCCUUUGCCCACUCUACCUCAGUAUAUAGUAUCUACUGCACCUAGUGUUGUGUCAACUGCUCCACCUGUCCCUCCUAAACCUGCAGUUAUGCGUAGAGGUGCAUCUCUGGAAAAAACAGACAUUCCAGUUCCUCCACCGUUACCCCCUCCAACACUACCAAAACCCUCUGUGUAUCCCAAAAAGACUCCACCACAGGUCCCUCCAAGAACUUCUCCAGUCGGAAUGUCAACCUCAGUGGACAGUGUACCAGUAAGACAGCCUGUUGUUUCAAACUACAAACCCCAUGUUCCUCCUCCUGUACCACCAAAGCCAUCCUCCAUACCUGCAGGCCUGACCUUCAGUCACAAACCAGGGGAAACUGUAAAACCACCUAUAGCCCCAAAACCUAUAUCUGGUUCUCAACCAUCUUUUACAACCCAUCCUCCAGUAAGACCUAUAAUACUUGGUACAGGCGGUGCAGACAGUGCCCUUAAUCUUAGUCCUUCUGCUGAGAGCAAGACAGGAACCACAUCUCCACUCAGGUCCCCCUCGUCACCCAGGUUUGCCAAGGUUUUACGUGAUACAUAUGUUGUUAUUACUUUGCCAUCUCAGCCUGGUUCACCUACAGACACCAUUACCACCCAAGCCCCAAGUCCUGGUCAAGAGUCACCACAGAAACAGCCUUCCUCACAUCACCAAACUCAACCACCUCAACAGCCACAAACAACCAGAGUACCAUUGGCAUUCACAAGAAUUACUAAAUCCAUUGAAAGUCAAGAAAUAUGUGGCCCAGAAAAGGUUGUGUCUAGCAUGAGCCACGUCUGUGAGGUUAUUUCAGCCACAACACAGCCUCAAUCGAUAAUCCCCCAUGUUGAUGUUCAGGUAGUUACAACUGAGGUCCAAAGGACAACAGUGUCUGUUGUGCAUGAAAGAACACCACCUCCACGUCUUGCUCCAAGACCCACUGAUGUCCCUGUCGUUCAAGAAAGCAUGAAACCUGAACCAGUUCAAGUACAGAAUGGCCAUGUGUAUCAUCCUGGUGAGGUGGUGGAUCUUCGAACCCCAAAAAUAGAUUCAGAGACAUCCAUGAAGGGUGUGGAUCUGUCUUCAUCAGAGUCAAGACGACAGUCCCUUGCUAUUGAUGCUGUUGUACGUCAGCAAAGUGCGGUGCAGUCAUCCGUUGUAAACCUAAGCACUGAUACCUCCUCAGUAUCUGUAGUUACCGACAGCAUCACCAUCCUUACAUGCACAGCCACUGUAGCUUAUGGCAAUGAAACAUCUCAUUCCACAUCAAUGCCUCUCCAACUUACCACAGUUAAAUCCUUUGAGCCUGUAUCUCAAAUUAUAUACAAGCCUGUUGACUCUCAGCCAGAGAAACCUAUAAAUCUCUCCACAACAGUGGGUAAGACUCACACUCCUGUAACAAUAGCUCCUACAAUUACAAGCAAUGGCAUUAAUACAAAAAUAACCCCUGGAGUAGAAAUAGGCUUAUCAGGUGCAGUUGACCUCACCACUGUUAAACCUGCCCAGACGAUAGUUACAAUGAACGGCUCCACUGCAGAGAUGGUUACUGCGGUAAUUACCGAGGAUGAUGGUAAACCAGUAGAUCUGACAGCAGGAAGAACUGCUGUCUGCUGUGAUGUAGUAUAUAAGCUUCCUUUUGCAGGGAGCUGUGCAACUCAGCAGCCCUCAGCCCCUUUACCAGAGGAUCGUUUCGGCUACAGGGAUGACCACUAUCAAUAUGACCGUACUCCUAAUGGCAUGAGAGGUCUCGGUGGAAUUAAACCAUCAAUGUCUGACACAAACUUGGCUGAGGCUGGUCUUUUCCUGUAUAAAAGUAAGCAUAGUUAUGAUUACAAGGAGGCCACAGAAGGUGCUGUAGAUCUGACAUCUGGAAAAAUGUCAGGUGAAGCUGUGGAUUACUCGAACAAAGCAACAGGAGUGUGCUCUGCAAUGACAGUUCCACAAUACACACAAGCCAGGAUUACUUCAGCAGCUGGAACCCACUAUGGGGUUUCCAGUGUCCUACGAUGUUCAAAUGGUGUUGUGUAUUCUUCUGUAGUAGCACCCGUCCCUUCAACAUAUGCCAUAACCACCCAGCCUGGUUCUAUCUUCAGUACAUCUUACAAUUCUCUGUCGAGUAUGCACCAAAGUGAUACUAUGCCAUCAUUGUCAACUUUACAGAAUCAGCCUCUCACUAGAUCUCACAGUUUUCUGUCAACCAUUGCUGUAACCACAGCAGUGGAACCAAACAACUUGCCCUUGAAUCUAGAGGCUGGUGUUGCAAAGGCUGGCCUUUCCGCAUCUCUCUCAGAUGUAGUUUCUACUGCCACCACAGUGGCAGGACUAGAUGCUUACACAAAUGCUUCAUUAGAGGCAAUUGCAGCCUCCUUAGAGGCCUUGUCUUCACCAAUGGUUCCAGGAGAUGGACAAUACCAGGUGCAGCGUGAGCUUCUUGAACUAGAGAAGAUGAAACAGCAACGUUUUGCUGAAGAACUUGAGUGGGAGAGGCAGGAGAUUCAGAGGUUCCGUGAGCAAGAACAGCUUCUGGUGCAGAAAGAGCUGGAGGAACUUCAGGCCAUGAAACAACAAAUAUUAUGUCAGCAAGAAGAUGAGAGACAGGUCCACCUCCUAAUGCAAAAAGAGACUUACGCUCAGCAGCAGGAGCAAUUAGAGCAGAUCCAGCGGCUUCAAGAGCAGCUCAGACAACAGCUGGAAGAACAGAAGUUCAGGCAGAUGUAUCCAGGGGAGAUCUUGCCAGAGGCUCUUGUUGUAGGAGAAAGAAAGAUGGACAGUGGCUGCCAGACCGAUGAGGAGGAUGAGACUGAAAAGGCUUACACUGCAGGAAGGAAAAAGAAAAGUGCAAAGAAAAGUGUUGAUAGCUGUGUACAGACGGAUGACGAGGACCAGGAUGAAUGGGAAGUUCCAGCUCGAGGCAGGCGUAGUAGAGCACGGGGUAGUAAAAAUGGCAUGGGGGAAAGAGGAGGGGUUUCAGUUCAGGCCCUUACUGAAAUAUCUGUACAAACAGACUCCUUGGGAACACUUAGAGGGCACUCUGUGCAGGUAGACGCUAGAGUAGAUUAUCCUGAUUCUGACAGAACAUCCUCUCCAAAGAGACGCCCUACUCCACUUGAUAUAGGCCAGUCCCCUCACCUCAAAGCAGAUGUCUCUACUCUUCAGGUUGCCCCAGGUCCACCCAAAUCCCCAAAAGUACUUUACUCUCCCAUUUCCCCUUGUGUGUCCCCUAGCAAGUCCCUUGAAUAUCUGUCUUAUGACAAAUCCCUUGGAGAGACAAGCCCACAAAGAAUACCCUCUGCCACAGAUCUUUCCAAAGGCCAACCAAGUCCUAGGGCUCCCAAGGUCAUACAGAGAUCAAUGUCUGACCCCAAACCCAUGAGCCCAACUGCAGAAGAAAGGGCUUCAGAAAAUUUCCAGUAUUCUGAGAGCUAUUCUGCAAAGGGUUCUCCUACCGGAACUCCAUCUGGCACCCAAAAGAAAGUUAAGAGGACACUUCCCAACCCACCCUCAGAGGAAGAAGCCACUAAUGCUGGCCAAACAGCCUACAGCACUGGCUCAGCUCGUCGGCGCCUCUGUCGGAACACUAACAUGGCACGUGCAAAGAUCCUUCAGGAUAUUGACCGUGAGCUGGACCUUGUUGAAAGAGAAUCCUCAAAACUGCGUAAAAAGCAAGCUGAACUGGAUGAAGAGGAAAAGGAGAUUGAUGCCAAGCUGCGUUACCUGGAAAUGGGAAUUAACCGGCGAAAGGAUGCAUUGCUCAAAGAAAGGGAGAAGAGAGAAAGAGCCUAUCUACAAAGUGUUGCAGAGGACCGUGACUACAUGUCUGACAGUGAGGUGAGUAACAUUCGUGAGACAAGAGGUGGAGAGGAAGUUGGUGGACAUGGGCUUGAGAGACCUCGUACUGCACCCCAGUCAGAACUUGAUGACUUUGUUCCCCCACAGACCAAACAUGAGUACGGAAAAUAUUCCCAGUUCCAGUACCCACAGUACCAGCAGUCUCUGUACCAGCCUCAGUUGCCAUACCAAUCCCAGUCCAUGUACUCUUCUGUUCCCUCUCUAACUGCCUCACAACAACAGAGCUACCACCAAAUGCUCCUGUUGCAACAGAAAGCCAGGCAACAAGCUGCUCUUCUCUCUGAACUUGAUUCCACUAAAAUUGCCACAAACUAUGAGAGCUCAUCUUACUUGGGAGGAAAAUAUGGCAACCACCUUGACCUGCGUAGCUUAGAGGACAGUGCUGGAAGCAUGGCAGUCAGUCCAAUGUCCAAUGUGUCUGCAGACUCCUUCUAUGCGGACUUGGAUCAACAUAAUCAAACAUCAAGGAGCUAUAUGCUGUUGGAGGACACAGCGGAACUUGCAAAGAGCACUGGUAGCCUUUCAUCCACCAGCUAUGAGAGAGAGCUGGCCAAAGCGGAGCGACUUUUGAGACGUACUGCUGCAGAUGUUGGUACGGACUACCUUGGCACCUCUUCCAGAAUUCACUCCUAUGGUAAAGCCCAAGAUGAAGAUGACCCAAUGGAAGAACCUUUUGAACUUAAGCUUUUGAAGCAGCAACUGAAGCAAGAGUUUAGAAGAAGCACAGGGGGCACUGAAAGCUUGGAACAACUAGCUGGGCUCUCCCAUUCUUAUACAUCGAGCACUGGAGUGUCCAGUGGAGCCUACAGAGCCUUUCCUAAAACAGAAAAGUACAGCAUCAGUAGAUUGACUUUAGAAAAGCAGGCUGCCAAGCAACUCCCGACAUCUGUGCUCUAUCAGAAACACAAAAACACCAGCAACAUAGGCAAAUAUUCCUCCAUCCAGGAUAGCAGAGGUCUAGAAACAGACUAUAGUAGCUACUUGGGGUCCAGUAGUUCUUCUCCAAGAUCAGGCAGACUUCUACAGGAUGAGAUCACUUUUGGUUUACGAAAGAAUAUAGCUGAACAGCAGAAAUACCUGGGGUCCACACUUGGGGCCAAUUUGGCAGGAUCACUCAAUAUGAACCCAGGUAUGAGGUCUUUGGGAGAAGACUCCGCUUAUCCCAGUGGAAGCAGAUCACGUCCUUCUUCUAGACCAUCUUCUGUGUAUGGCCUUGACCUUUCCCUUAAAAGAGACACGUCCAGCUCCUCGUUGAGACUCAAAGCAGAAGGUGACCCCUCCUCAGAGACCUCAGCUUUUCAGACUCCAUCAGGCAGGUCAAAACCUACAAGCUUGCCCAUUGGACAGGGUGGACGUGGACGUAUCCCAAUCGUGGCACAAAACUCAGAGGAAGAGAGCCCGCUUAGUCCAGUGGGUCAGCCGAUGGGAAUGGCACGAGCAUCCGCAGGUCCUCUCCCUCCCAUAUCGGCAGACUCCCGUGAUCAGUUUGGAUCAUGCCUCUCUCUCCAGGAUUCUCAACAGCAACAUCUCAGAGACGAUCCGUCAAGAGUACGUAGCUAUGUGCUAAUGGACGAUCUGCAGGGCAACAUGUCAGAUAGCGAAGCACUAAGUGAAUCCCUGAUGGGUUUGAACAGAGACGAUCCAGGAAACUCACAUGAGAAUGUCGCCAACGCGUACCACCUGCGCCGAGAGGAGACGGACUGGUUUGACAAACCUCGAGAUGGACGCGCAGAGAACGGACAAGGGGUGGAUCGAAGACAGGGAAAGGCUUCACACUACCCAUUUCCUCACACUAAAAUAAAACUACAGAAGGAUCCUAAAGAUCGUAGCGUAUCAGGUAACGGAUUGGGAAUCCGCAUAGUUGGAGGAAAAGAGGUGCCGGCAAGCAGCGGUGACAUUGGUGCGUACGUAGCCAAAAUACUACCUGGAGGAGCUGCAGAGCAGACAGGAAAAAUGGUUGAAGGAAUGCAAGUUCUGGAGUGGAACGGCAUUUCCUUGACCGGUAAGACGUACGAGGAAGUCCAGGGUCUGGUAGGUCAUCAGGUCGGAGAGGCAGAGAUUUGUAUCAGACUAGACCUAAACAUGCUGUCUGAUCCUGAAAGCUCACACCUCGACCUUCAAGAUCAGACCAAAGGUGACAGACCUCCGCGCUCCCCAGGUGUGGACCCUAAGCAGCUGGCUGCAGAGCUGCAGAAAGUGUCACAGCAGCAGGUGCCGUCCUCAUCAGCGCUGGAAAAGCCAUCAGCAUCAACCGGGUCCAGUGCAGUACCGAGCCCAGGCCAACCAGGGUCUCCUUCUGUGAGCAAGAAACGCCUCAGCAAGAGCUCUGAGGUGGCAAAAACUCAGUCCCACCCAGUAUCAGGAGAGAUCCAGCUUCAGAUAAAUUAUGACAAACAGCUGGGCAAUCUCAUCGUCCACGUUCUUCAAGCGCGAAAUCUGGCACCCCGGGACAAUAACGGCUACUCCGAUCCAUUUGUUAAAGUUUACCUGCUGCCAGGUAGAGGUCAGGUCAUGGUUGUGCAGAAUGCCAGUGCCGAGAAUAAAAGAAGGUCCAAACACGCCCAGAAGAGUCUUAACCCGGAGUGGAACCAAACUGUCAUCUACAAAAAUAUACACCUGGAACAGCUGAGGAAGAAGACGUUGGAGGUCAGUGUGUGGGACUAUGACAAAAGCUCAUCCAACGACUUUCUUGGAGAGGUACUGAUUGAUCUGUCAAACACGUCUCACCUGGACAACGUCCCCCGAUGGCUGCCUCUGAAGGAUCAGAGCGACGGUGAGCAUCAUCGCCGUUCUCACUCGGGACACGGUCGCCAACACUCGCCCAAACCUCACGGAGGACAUGGAAGCCAGCACUCGCCAAAAACCUCCAGUCACAGCAAAGACGAGUCGCCCAGAUCAUCCGUCAUCAAGAGCCGAAGUCACGGAAUCUUCCCCGACCCUUCCAAGGACACGCAGGUCCCCACUAUUGAGAAAUCUCACAGUAGCCCCAGCACAUCGAAGCCGCCCCUCUCCGAGGGCCAAGCCCGUCCCCAUGGAGGCCCCCGUACUCACGGCAAAAGCGGCACGGCCCGGGCACACCUUGACAAUGCAGCAUCAUCCGAAGCUGCUGGCCAGCAGCCUCGCCAGCAACCAACCCAAAACGACCGCCUCGACCCGAGGCAACACAGGCACAGCGUACCCGGUGUACUCACCAUUCAGAGAGCCCCGUCCGAGUCGCCGGCCAAUGAGAUCCCAGGCGGCCGUCACCUGACCCUCAGGAAAGCCUUGUCGGAAGAGAGGCCGCAGCCGGACGGAGCAUCCCGCAGCCAUCGAUCUGGUGAUGCUCCUGUUACUGCAGCAUCAUUGGACAGCGGUCUGAGCGGCAGUGCCUUUAGCCUGUUGGAUGAAGAGGGCGUGACCAAUGCGGUGGAUAGUGCCAUUUUCCAGGUUCCUAGAUUUGGAAAGAUCCCAAACGGCACGGAUGCAGUGAUAUCUGCUCAUGGCGAGUCAGAUGGUAAAACUCAGGUGAUGGGGGAGAUCAAGAUCGCCCUAAAAAAGGAGAUGAAAACAGAAGGUGAACACCUGGUGCUUGAGAUCUUACAGUGCAGAAACAUCACCUAUAAAUUCAAGUCUCCCGACCACCUCCCAGACCUGUAUGUGAAGCUGUAUGUGGUAAAUGUGGCCACUCAGAAGAGAAUAAUCAAGAAGAAGACCAGAGUGUGUCGACAUGAUCGCGAACCUUCUUUCAACGAAACCUUUCGCUUCUGCAUGAAUCCAACUGGUCAUUCCAUUCAACUCUUUCUGGUUUCAAACGGCGGCAAGUUCGUAAAGAAGACCCUGAUCGGCGAGGCAUACGUGUGGCUGGAUAAGGUGGACCUGCGUAAACGGGUGGUGAGCUGGCACAAGCUGCUGGCCAGCACAGCUCAGAUCCACUCCUAGAGAAGACGGGUGGAUGCGGCUUGAGGACAGACAAGGACGUGGAGUCGCUUAUCUCCACCAUAGUCUUGUUGAAUUUGUAGGUAGAGACUUGGCUUCUCGGUUGCACAGGCACGUGUGCUUGUGUUAACCCAAGCCAUGAAGAAACAGAUGAAUAACAGUGUUUACAGGAGAGUAAACCAUGGGUUAGAAGAAACAAGUGAAAGGUAGAAAACGCUCUCACAGGUGAAAAUCGUAUCCAGUGUGUGCGUUCACAAGCGUAUUUCUAGACCACAUUAACAAGAAUACUUUUUCCCACAAUCGCACUUACUCACACUUUUAUGUACACGUAUUAUAUAAUUGUAUAAUAAUGUUUAAAUCGGGGCACAAAAGACAGAUGCUAGAAUGAAAGUUUAACCAUUCAUUUCUAGUAAUAUGUACCUUUUAUUCUUUGACUUGUGGAAACAAGUCUAAUGUUUGUGUAUCAAUCAUAUGAGGAUGUUAUAAUUGUGAUUAUUUACAGAUGACAGAUAUCAUAUACAUUAUUUUUGUAAGACACAGACAAAUUCAGUUUUAGAUAUUUAUCGUUGCUUUCUCUCAGAUGUUACUAUGUGUUGACAGAACAGAUAUUUAAAGAAUAUUAUUAUUGGUCUAGAAGAAAAUUUAUGGUAUAUUAUAGACAGAUAUAAAUGAAUGAAAUAUGAUUUAUUGGGUGUUGUGAUGAUUUCGUUGUGCUGGUAUGGUAAUUCAUCCUUUAAACUCACAGAAGAAUUAUUCCUUGUUUGUGUGAUACCUAAUCCAUGAAAUGUCAAACAAACUCUCUUUUAUUCUGCUGAGCUAAAGAUGGUACAUUGUGGGAAAUGAAUAGGAUUAAUUGAAAGAAAUUGUUAAAUAAGCCUGUUUGCUAAAUGGUUUGAUUUGUUAAUUCAUUUGAUGAAUGUGACGGCAUAUCUCCAAUUCGCAGCAUCGGUUAAAAUGUUUUGUUAUAUGAGUUGCACUUCAUGUUUAGCAGAUAAAGAAUGUAGUGGUUUUGCUCAAAAAAAGAAGAGUUUAUUUCGGUCUAUACACAAAACACAAAUGAAUACCCAUCAGUCCCUCUUGGUUCAAAAAGUUUAGAAUUAAUGGGCUAAUGUGGUGUCUGUCUGGAUAUAGAAUUGUUUUCUCAUAUGUCUUGUACAAUAUUUCUAUUGUUUUAUUAUAAAACAGAAUCUUAAACACUCAGGUUUUUGUGAAUAGCCUUGUAAUACUUUAAUGUUAUUGGCUGAUCUAUGGUCUAAGCAGGCUGAUCUUUAUUCUUAAAGGCAUGAUGCGUAUAUCACGUGCGAUAACAAUGAGCAUCAGGGUGAUGACAUCACAAUAUGUUCAUUUUUAAGUUUAACAAAUUAUUAUGGAUAACUGCAGUUAUGUAUUUAGUUUACAUGUUUUUAAUUUAAAAGCACAGAUUCCAUUUAAAUGCUGAGCACACCAUCUCUUAAUACCUUAAAUCCAUUGCCAUUAUUGUUGUAUUGUUUUUUAAAAAUAAUUAAAAAUUAGUGCGGAUACAACCUUUUCCAAACUACCAAAAUCCACAGGUUCUGUAUGUGUUAUUCUAUGCAAUUUAGAAGACAUCUGGUGUACCGAUCAUGUAGUGGUCAGAGAACAGCAUUAUGAACUUUUUUUUAUUUUUGUAUGUUUUUCCACGUGAAAAAUAGUGUUUGUUUUUAUAUAUUUGGUUGUGUCUUUUGCUUGAUGCUUGUUUUAUCAAUUUUGAUCAUGUAACAAUAAUUUUGCAAAAAAGAAAAGCUGAUGUUAACCUACCAAACGUAGGCCUAACUAUUUAUCCGCCAGUUUUGUGAAUUUCAAUGUACAUAAAAAAUUAGUGUUUACAAGAUCAUAGCAGACUAGUCAUGUUGUGUUCGUCAUGGGCCAUUGCAGUCUGGAGGAACAAGCUAUCUUAGUUUACUCAUUGCACUAGCUACAGAAAUGCUCAGCUUUCACUAUAUAUUCUGAUCUCCCAGAAUGUGUUUUAUUCAUUUUUAUGUUCAUAAAUUAGAUGAGAUCAAAGCAUCAUAUAACAAGUGGUCAUUUGAACAAAUAUGACUUCAUUCAUUGUAAUAAACACGGCCGCUUUCUUAUAAUCGAAGCAUGCUCAACUCUCACUUCACCACACCAAAUCUCUCACUCCUAAAAAAGAAUUAAAAAGCCAUGUAAAUAAAAGAUUUUUUUUGUACAAAUAGGAUCUUCAAUUAGUUUUGUGGUUAAAAAAAAAAGCAUUUGUGUGGGGAAAGGAACAGAGCGAUUGUGAAUUGAUCUGUGUGUUACAUGUUGUACAUGCACUAUGGUAAAAGCUUUCCCCAUACUAGUCUCGAUGAACUGGACUUGACCCGCACAACAGACACAAAUGUAACCAUGUAUAAUAAAGAACAGAAGCUGACCUUAAUGGCUCAAGUAGAAUCAGGAAACGUAUGGUGUUUUCACUUUGGAUGUUGCAUGUUUUGUUGUUGGUUUGUUCAUACUAUUUUUGUGUCCAGAUUCUAUUUACAAACAGAUAAAAAAUCUGACCUAAAUAUGUAUGCUGACUGUACAAAGAUAUGCUUGUAUAAUCUGUCUGGUUUUCCACUCAAUGUAAACUGAUGAAAAAAAAUUAACUGUCAUGGUUUUUGUGGUUGUACACAAACGGUAUUGAUAAAUUAUGCAAAUUGUGCUGUAAUAAAAAGCUAUUGCCAUAAGUAUAAAUAUUAAAUAAUAUAUGUAAACAUU